AUGUCAAAUUUUCAAGAUCGUUUUUUGAGAAGUGAUUAUCAAGUCAAAUGUAAGUACAAUCUUCUUACAGAGCAAAAAUAUUGAUUUGUCAUUUUCAGAUACAACUAUAAGUUUAGUCGAAUCCGAGAUGGUAAUGAUGAUUGUUGGAACAAUUUGUUUUAUGAUUUUUUGUUUGAUGACAAUGGUUUUAGUCAGGUGGCAUUAUAGGUAAGAUUACUGUAGUCAAGUGCAAGAUUUCAGAAUUUUUUCAGAAAAAAAUUGGAGAAAAAACUCGUCGAAAUCCAUCAACAAUUCGAGCCGCAAAGAGCACAUUGUAAGAUUUUUCUGUUUCUAAAAAUAGUAGCCUCGCACAGAACAGUGGGUGGGGCUUGUUUUGCAACUCUGGAACAUCAUUUUUACACAGUCUAAUCUCAACAAAAACUUUUACAGUGGAAGAAAAUCGUGAAAAUGAGGCUCAACAUGUGAAACCGAUUCCAUUAUCGCCACCAAUUUCUGAUCAAACUGAGUAUAAUAUUGUGGCUGGUGCAUUGCGAGAUGACAAAAAACGGCAACUUUUCUAG